AUGUUCCGGCUGGUGAAGACCCUCAGCUACUGUCUUUGCGUGCUGCUGCCAGUAGCUUAUGGGACUCGGUACACUUUUGCUAACUUCCCAAUCCGAAGAGCGGACUCUGUUCCACACCAGGUCAAAACUUUGGGUAGAGCUUCCACACCUCUGGCUGACGAGCCCUACUCCCGCGGAACUGGCAGCUAUUCUUCAGCAGUCUCCCCUACAGAUGAAGUUUGCCGGAGCAGGCCCCUGGAUCUUGUGUUUAUCAUAGACAGCUCCCGCAGUGUCCGACUUGAGGAAUUUGAAAAAGUGAAAACCUUCUUGGACAAAAUGAUUGACUCCUUAGAUGUGGGAGAGGCAGCCACUCGUGUGGCAGUAGUGAACUAUGCCAGCACAGUAAAGGUUGAGUUUAAUCUUCGAACGUAUUUCGACAAAGCUUCCAUGAAGCAAGCAGUAUCCCGUAUCAGUCCCUUAACUGCAGGUACCAUGACUGGUCUGGCUAUUCAGACAGCCGUGGAUGAGGCUUUUACAGAAGAAUCAGGAGCUAGGCCGUCUUCCCUCAAUAUUCCCAAGGUGGCAAUAAUAGUGACCGACGGGCGGCCUCAGGAUCAGGCGCAGGAGGUGGCAUCCAGAGCUCGGGCUUCUGGGAUUGAGAUCUAUGCUGUUGGGGUUGACCGAGCAGACAUACAGUCUUUACGGCUAAUGGCUAGCGAGCCAGUGGAUGACCAUGUUUCUUAUGUGGAGACUUACGGUGUGAUUGAAAAGUUGGCUUCAAAAUUUAGAGAGACUUUUUGUGCUGUGGACGCCUGUGCCCUUGGCACACACAACUGUGAGCACAUCUGUGUGAGCAGUGAUAGUUCCUGGCACUGUGACUGCCAUGAAGGAUACACUCUGAAUCCAGAUAUGAGGACUUGCUCAAGUAAGAAUACCUGUGCCUCUGGAACUCACGAUUGUGAGCACAUUUGUGUGAGUACCGAUGACUCCUGGCGCUGUGACUGCUAUGAAGGGUACACCCUGAAUCCAGAUAAGAAGACCUGUUCAAUUAGGGACAUCUGUACAGAUGGAAGCCACGACUGCGAGCAGAUCUGCGUGGCCGGUGAUGGCUCUUGGAGCUGUGAUUGCUACGAAGGAUACACCUUAAAUCCAGAUAAGAAGACCUGUUCCAUCCGGUCUUCAUCUGAGGAUGUCUGUGCAUCUGGAACCCACGACUGCCAGCAAAUCUGUGUACCUAGUGGCAGCUCCCAUUAUUGUGCCUGCUAUGAAGGAUACACGCUGAAUGCGGAUAAGAAAACAUGCUCAAGAAUAUCAAGAAGUAGUCUAUCUUCUGAGGUAACAGAAGAGGCCUGUAAAUGUGAAGCUUUCAUUAAAUUUCAAACGCUGGCCACUUCGUAUUUUGAGACAAUAUCCACAAAACAUAUCCUUUCCUUGUCCACCCCCCGCUUUGGGUUUCCUUUGUGGGUGUCUUGCUUUUUCAGAUCUUUCUGGAACUUAAUUUGA